UUGUCUCUUGCUCUUUGACCGGGUUCAGGGCUGUGGUGUUUAUUCUGAGCCUCCGUCUUCCAUUCUGUCUUUCUGGGUCAACACGAAAGCGAUUCAUCCAAUUACCAUGUCACUGUCUGCCUACAAACAGAAGAUGAGAGAACUUCCUCUCUUUAACCUUCUCUGUUCCUGCUUCAACCCGGAGCCUCGUAACAAGACUCUCUAUAAGUUUGAAGACCCGGUUGACCUGAACUGGUGCUUCAUAUCCGACAUGGAGGUGAAGGAACUGAACAAGAGAGCGUCCGGCCUGUCAUUUGAAGUCAUCCUGAAACCACCAUCAUUUGAGGGAGUCCCAGAAUUCCACACAGCCUUGCCAAAAAAACGGGAUCCUUCCCUCGAGGAGAUCCAGAAAAAACUUGAGGCUGCUGAAGAGAGACGGAAGUGUCAGGAGGCUGAGUUACUGAAACACCUGGCAGAAAAGAGGGAACAUGAACGGGAUGUGAUCCAGAAAGCUAUCGAGGAGAACAAUAAUUUCAUCAAGAUGGCGAAGGAGAAACUCGAGCUGCGAAACGAGAUCCAGAAAGAAAACCGUGAAGCUCACUUGGCCGCGAUGCUGGAUCGACUGCAGGAGAAGGACAGGCGUGCAGAGGAGGUCCGAGAAAACAAAAGACUCAGAGCCAGUGCAGCGCAAUUGAGGAUCCUGAAUUAGGAUCGGCUCCCGCCCCCUCCGGGUUUUUGUUGUAAAUAUUUGAUUGAAAUAAACAGCGCAGCUGGCUAUAAAGGGAGAGGAAGCACCAUUGACAGCGAGCUUGAACCGAAAUGUAAACUCCAUUCUUUAAUCCUGGCCAAGUAUGGUCAGGCUGUGCCUCACUAUCUUUCUUCACUCUGUUGCUGGGAGUCUCACUGACAGAGCCAGCUCUGAUUGCUGAAAGUUAAAUUAUCAUCUCACAGGCAAUGAGAGAUGUUGGCGUUGCCAGUGACACUCACCAUCUGAGAAUGAGUCAUACCGAUGUAUGUUCUGCUUUGGCCCGUGUCUAUCAUCUGGUCUGUCUGAUUUCUGAAUAAUAUUUCACCUAGUGAUUGGAAAGUGAUUUCUUCAUUCAUCACUGAAACUAACUUACAUUGUCUUUUUUAAAAAAUGUCAUACAGGCUUCAGAAAAGCACAAAUUACACCAGACUUGUGAAAAACAACUUCAUUGUUUCAUUUCCAGUGAGAACCUAUCAACACAAACUCAGACCUUAAUACUUCCCAGUCCCCAAUUUUACCAGCCAGUUUCAAUCAGCAUCCAUACUUUGUACCUGUGUGUAUUUUCAAAUGAUUUUUCAUGUUAUGCCUCGCUAUCAAGUUUGUUAUGAUUUAACAGAUAUAACCUCCACAAACAGACACAAUGAUGUACACACACACCCUCUGAUACAAACUCACUUUGACACAGACAGACACACAGACUCCCUCUCACACGCCCCAGCACACUGUGACACACA